AUGUGCCCGGAGGAAAGCGGCGCGACCGGGCUGGGCGAGCUCCGCUCCUGGUGGGAAGUCCCGGCCAUCGCGCACUUCUGCUCGCUCUUUCGCACGGCGUUCCGCCUGCCGGACUUCGAGAUCGAGGAGUUAGAGGCAGCUCUUCACAGAGAUGACGUGGAAUUUAUCAGUGAUCUGAUUGCCUGCCUGCUUCAAGGCUGCUAUCAGCGAAGAGACAUCACGCCUCAGACAUUCCACAGCUACCUGGAAGAUAUCAUUAACUACCGUUGGGAGCUUGAAGAAGGAAAGCCCAAUCCUCUGAGAGAAGCCAGUUUCCAAGACCUUCCUUUGCGUACUCGAGUGGAGAUCCUGCAUCGCCUCUGUGAUUACCGGCUCGAUGCAGAUGAUGUCUUUGAUCUUCUCAAGGGUCUGGAUGCAGACAGUCUCCGAGUUGAACCUCUGGGUGAAGACAAUUCAGGUGCACUCUAUUGGUACUUCUAUGGGACACGAAUGUAUAAAGAAGACCCAGUACAAGGAAGGUCCAAUGGAGAAUUCUCCUUGAGCAGGGAAAGUGAAAGGCAAAAAAAUGUCUCAAAUGUUCCUGGAAAAACAGGCAAAAGAAGAGGAAGGCCUCCAAAACGAAAAAAACUACAGGAGGAGAUUAUAUCGAGUGAAAAGCAAGAAGAAAACUCCUUGUCAUCUGACCUACAGACAAGAAAUGGAUCCCGAGGGCCAGGCCAAGGUACUUGGUGGCUCCUGUGUCAAACAGAAGAAGAAUGGAGACAAGUCACUGAGAGCUUCCGAGAGAGGACCUCUCUUCGAGAGCGACAACUUUACAAGCUCCUCAGCGAGGACUUCCUACCUGAAAUCUGCAACAUGAUUGCCCAGAAGGGAAAACGUCCACAGCGCACAAAGCCAGAGUUGCAACAUAGGUUUAUGUCUGACCACCUGUCCAUCAAAUCCAUCAAGCUAGAGGAAACUCCCAUGCUCACCAAGAUAGAAAAACAGAAGCGCAAGGAGGAGGAGGAGGAACGGCAGCUCCUUCUUGCAGUGCAGAAGAAGGAGCAAGAGCAGAUGUUAAAGGAGGAGAGAAAGCGGGAACUGGAGGAAAAGGUCAAGGCAGUGGAAGAUCGAGCUAAGAGGAGAAAGCUCAGGGAAGAACGAGCAUGGCUAUUGGCUCAAGGCAAGGAGCUACCCCCAGAACUUUCCCAUUUGGAUUUGAAUUCUCCUAUGAGGGAAGGAAAGAAGACCAAGGACCUCUUUGAACUGGAUGAUGAUUUUACAGCCAUGUAUAAAGUUCUAGAUGUGGUGAAGGCUCACAAGGAUUCCUGGCCCUUCUUGGAACCUGUGGAUGAAUCUUAUGCUCCCAACUAUUACCAGAUUAUUAAGAUCCCCAUGGAUAUUUCAAGCAUGGAGAAGAAAUUGAAUGGAGGUUUAUAUUGUACCAAGGAGGAAUUUGUAAAUGACAUGAAGACCAUGUUCAGAAAUUGCCGAAAAUAUAAUGGGGACAGUAGUGAGUAUACCAAGAUGUCUGACAAUUUGGAGCGGUGUUUCCAUCGAGCCAUGACAAAACAUUUUCCUGGUGAAGAUGGAGACACAGAUGAAGAAUUUUGGAUCAGAGAGGAUGAAAAACGGGAAAAAAGGAAGAGUCGGGCUAGUCGAAGUAGUGGAAGCCAUGUUUGGACACGCUCCAAAGACACAGAAGGAUCUAGCAGGAAACAGCCACCAGUGGAGAAUGGAGGAAAGUCUUUGCCCCCUGCACGUCGAGCUGCCUCCUCGGGGGAUGAUCAGAGUAGCAGUUCCAUACAGCUUCCUCUAGAGGUGGGCACAUCAAAUGGCCAAGGCUUUUCCCACCCCCUGCACUGUGGUAGGGUGCCUAGCCAGGCACCCUCUUUAAACCAAAUGAGGCCAGCAGCAUCAGGAACAUUCAGCUCUCUUCAAGGAUCAGAUCCCACCAACUUACAUGGCUCCUCUCGACUCCCAGAGGCCCCCCCAGGAGACCCCUUGCAGCACCCACCCUUUGCUAUACAGGCUCCAGUUGGAAUUAGUAACCAUCGGGGACCCCGGCUCAGUGCUCCAGAAGAGAAGAUGUGUGGGGGGCUAACACACCUUUCCAAUAUGGGGUCACAUGUCCCAUCCUUGCAGCUUGGGCAAAUGAAUUGUCCCAGUCAAGAUGGAAACAUGUAUCCACCAGCUCCAUUCCAGGCAGGAUUUAUUCCUUCUAGGCAUGGUGGGACUCCAGCCCGGCCCCCAGACUUUCCUGAAAGCUCAGAAAUUCCUCCAGGUCACAUUUAUCAUUCAUACAAGUAUCUGAAUCGAGUACACCCUGCUGUUUGGAAUGGGAACCAUGGUACUGCAAACCCUGGACGUUUAGGGCCAGAUGAGAAGCCCCACCUGGGGCCAGGACCCUCUCACCACCCUCAUACCCUUGGUCAUGUGAUGGAUGGCCGAGUGAUGCGGCAACCUAUCCCACCAAACCAGUGGACUAAACAGUCAAGCUUUCUACCUCAUGGAGUUCCUUCCUCGGGGUAUAUGCAGCCACCCUGUAAGUCUGCUGGACAUCGCUUGCAGCCACCUCCAACUUCAGCACCAAGUCCUCGGUUCAGAGGACCCUCUCAGGCCCUCCGGGGGGCACAAGGAGGGGAAUCCAUGAUGGACAGCCCUGAAAUGAUUGCCAUGCAGCAGCUCUCCUCCCGAGUCUGUCCCCCUGGUGUGCCUUACCACCCCCGCCAGCCCACUCCUCCCCAGUUACCUGGUCCCUUUCCGCAGGUAGCUCAUUCAGCGUCAGUAUGUGUGUCAGCACCGAAGUCUGCAUUGGACAACCCUGGGAAUACACAGGAGAUCAGUGAAACGCAAGAGCCUGAGGAUGACCGAGCAGAGCCUUUGCCUGGACUUGAAGAGAAAGCAGCAAGCAUUUGUUCUUCAGAGGGAGUAUACCUCAAACAGCUACCUCACCAAGCACCUCCUUUGCAAGCCACCUGUACCAGGCAAAGCUCACCACAUGAAAGGGAAACAGAGGACUCCCAACUCAAAAGUGAUGCUUCAGACUCUGCAGACACUUACAAAGCAUCAAAGAACAAGAAUACUUGGCCUUUGGACAGUAGCUACAGCAGCCCAGCUGUGCAAGGCUGUUUGAGAGACGUCUCCAUAGUGGCAGAGAGAGGGAAUCUACCUGAAAAUGGGGUUGUUGGUGAAGCAUCUCCCUGUAGAUCAGAGGGGAAGGGCCUUGGUGGUAGUGGUUCAGAAAAGCCACUAUGCCCCAGGGGUAAAACAUUGCAAGAAACUGUGCCAUGUACAGGACAGAAUGCAACUACACCUCCUUGCACAGAUCCCAAUUUGAUGGCAGGCACUGUGAACCAAUUUUCUCCCUUAUACAUGCCUGGCAUAGAAUACUCUAACUCAGCCACACAUUACCCUAUGAGUCCAAGUUUGCAAGGCUUGGGCUCUGUGAUGGGAGGAAAGUCCCCAGGAUCACAGCCUCAGUCCUUUUCUCCCAGGGGUUUCCAGGCUAACGGUCCCCACUCUGGACUCUUUCCCCGCUACCGCCCCCAGCAGGGAAUGAGAUAUUCCUACCAGCCUUCUUCUCAGCCUUCCUACCAUCCCUAUCAGCGGACUCCUUAUUAUACAUGUCCACAGGGUUUUUCUGACUGGCAGAGAUCUCUCCCUUCCCAGAGAAGCCCAAGUGGACCCCCUGGGAGUCACCCUCCACACCCUCUCUUUCCAGAUAAGAAUGCCUUGUCUAGUCUGCAAGGUUGUGAAACACUAAAUGCUGCCUUAACUUCUCCAACUCAAAUGGAUGCAGUGGCUGCUAAAGUUGUUCCACCUGAUGGACACAAUUCUGGUCCAGAAGAAGAAAAGAUGGAUGAAUCUGUGGAGAGGCCAGAGAGUCCCAAAGAAUUUCUAGAUCUGGACAACCAUAAUGCAGCUACCAAGCGGCAGAGCUCACUGUCAACCAAUGACUAUCUUUAUGGAACUCCACCACCACCACCUCUAAGUUCAGGAAUGACUUUUGGUUCAUCUGCUUUCCCACCCCACAGUGUGAUGCUGCAGACAGGGUCUCCAUACACUCCUCAGCGAUCAGCCACUCAUUUUCAGCCCAGGGCAUACCCAUCCCCUGUGCCUGCCCAUCCACCUCCCCAUCCAGUGGCCACCCAGACGAAUGGCCUCUCUCCAGAGGGUCCCCUCUAUUGCUGUCCAGAAGAGGGCUUAGGUCACUUUCAGGCUGCAAUGAUGGAACAGACUGGCACUGGAAGUGGAAUAAGAGGCUCAUUUCAAGAAGUGCACAGACCACCAGGAUUGCAAAUGCAUCCAGUCCAGUCACAGUCUUUAUUUCCAAAGACACCGGCACCUGCAGCAUCACCUGAACAGUUGCCACCACAUAAGACCCCAACACUUCCUGUGGAUCAAAGCUAGUCCAGGGAGGAGCCUAAGCCCCAAGGAAAUGGACAGCUGCAUGUGAAGACGGAGGCGGGCCUGGAGGAUUUGGAGGAAUGACUAUUGUACAUCUCUGUUCUGUCAUCCUGCUCCGCCUCUUCGCUGUGAAUCAAGCCAUCCUCAGAGCUGAACUUCAUAGGCCUUAGGUGCACGCUCUUUAGAUGACUGACAGGCCUGUAGCUGGGAUCACCUGCACAGCUGACAAACUUAGUAACAAGAGCAAGUGUACCUGGAGUUCUUGCUGGCUUCUCCAAAUCCCAAGACUCUUGUUCAGGGAAAAUCACUUUAAACUUGGGUGGAGGGUACAUGUAAGGCUGGAGUGGUGCUUUUAAACUUUCAUGAGCAGCUAAUCUCAGGUAUAUAUUUGGGGAAGGGACUACUUGUAGUAUUAAUGUUUUUGGAGCUGGGUCCAGUUUACAAGAGUUUCAUGUUGCCUUUUUUUAUUAUUUUAAUUUUUUUGUGGUGAAUGUAUUGUAUAUAGAGUGGAACAGUCAGGUGGGCACACAGAGGAGUUGUGAGUCCUUCCCAGCUGUGGCCAGCACACUGUACUGGAGUAGUCUCUUGUCUUUGUACAGUCAGGUCACACCGAAUACUUUUGGAGCUUGGAAAAGAGACCCAGAAGGUUGCAGCUUCGAUGUCACUAACUUUUUUUCUGGUAGCCUCCUUUCCAACCGGCCUCAGAGACUACUUGUCCUCCUCAGCAUUCAUUUCUCAGUUGGUUGGAUGGUGCUGUCAUGUGAUUUACUGGGUGUUGCAGCCAGAGGACAGGCUGCUCUCGCUCUGGUAGCCUAAGUUCUGGACUUGGGAAAGCAUGUCCCUUCCUGCUUUUUCCACCAGCUGUACCAGAUAGUUCUAAGCCAGGAAUUUGGGCUCUCUAGAGUGUUUUACUUAUUAGAAGAUAAAGUGGCUUCUUCAUGGGCCUGUCAGGCCUGUGUUCUAGGAGGUAUCAUACAACGCUUUCUAGCACAAAUCACGUUUUGUGAAAGUGACUACUCAGGUUUGUUAUGUAUGUUAGUCUCAAUAAAGAAAUUGCACAGGUUUGAAUAAGGAAAGUAUAUCCUAUAGAUUUAAAUUUGAAAUUAGGACUAUUUCAGUACGUGUAGUUUUUAUCCAGUUUAAGUGAAUCAUAGUAGACUCAGUCAUGUUGAUUUAAAGUAGCUGUCAAGGGCUAGUUCUUGGGAAUUAUUUGCUGUGUCUGUGAUAGGAAACAAUUUUACAGUAUUAAAUUACGUUACUAUGGAUUUAGAAGUGAAUUACACUGGAUUCUCCCUGUUUAGCCUUCUGUAUUUUAUUUUAGCUGAGAUAUUACCAAAGUUAGGAUCUAUGUUUAAAUUUUUGAAUAUCCCACACAGAAUAAACCAAGGGAAAUGCCCUGGAGUUGCAAGUCUUUGUAAAAGAAUGUGAGUUUUAAGUAUGCUUUGGGGUAAUAGAGAUCUCCGUAAAAUACAAAUCUGCCCUAGUAUCUUAGAAUAUAGGUGUGGGGAGGGGGUCAGAGGAGAUUUCCCUCUGGUUCCAGCAUUUCCUCAGGAAAUGCAGACUAGUCUGCCAGAUGUGUGAGGAUUGCAGGGAAAACAGUUGGAUACAUCCAGGCUGUAGAGAGAACUGGACCCUAGGACACCUGCUCUCUUGAUGGAAGCAACCGCUUACUAACCUGCUGGUGUUGCUCAGGACCCAGAGAGUGUCUUCCAGGUGUGGCACACACAAACAGGGAGUUUUCUUUCCUGUUUAAUUUGUGUUUGCAAGUCAGCUGAAUCAGAAGCCAGACAUCUCUGCAAUCCAGUUUAGAAGAGCAACGAAGUGAGACUUGUGCUGUUGAGCUGUAUAAGCCAACUUAAUUGUCUACUGCAGUUUUUGUGUCUACUACUAAUAGUGGAGGCCUGUAAAUCUGUCUCACUGCAACCAUCAGGCCUCUUUCAAGGUGCUAAAACUAGAGGUUCCUAAGCUGUUCCACCUCCCAUUACACCCCCUUACCGUUUUCUAAAGAAAUGCCUUGAACAAUACUAGGGAGAGAAAAAUUGGUGACUUCCCUUAUCCCUUCUUGGUUUAUGGAAAUUAAAUAGGAAAUUGAACUACUGAAUUAAGUUCUAACACUGUAAAAAUAGCCUGUUGUGUCCUUUAUCUAAAUGUGGUGGUGCCUAGUGCUUACAGGACCUAGUACUUCCUCUCCUAGUCUGGCCCCACCUUUUAUUGGACUUUGAAUUGCUAGGUUUCCUGGAGCAGCCAGAACACAGUGUGGAGCCUCUGUGAGCCCCUCACCUAUUCAAAUGCAGACAAGGUCAUUGGUUUUUUCACCUUUCUUCCUCCAGCACUCCGGGUAUCUUACACAGAUGCAAAUAAUUGUGUUUGCAGUCUUCUUCAGUAGGGAAAUGGUAGUUAUGGAAGAGUAGUAUAUAAGAGUGUCUUAAAAGAUUCACUUUUAGGCUAGGACCUGUAUCCACUGGUCACUGUGACCUUGCUAGUAUGCUGACUCUCAGUGGUCCCCAGAAGGACAUAGUUGUGCAUAAUUGGAAGCACUCUUUUAUUUAGUGUUAGACUUAGCUUUAUCAGACUUAGUCAUAACUUAGAACCCUUGGAGCUUAAAAGAAAUAAAAGAUUCAGAAAGUGGAGCCUUUUAGAAGGCUUGAGUGUGUGUCUUUGUCCCCCAACCCCACUGUGAAAUAUUUUUCUUUAAAGGGGGAAAAAAAAACAAUAGCAAGAGCUGUUAGCUAAAGUUCCUCACCUUAGAAGAAUGUGAAUAGGACAGACUAUGUAGGGCUCUUGUUCAUGUAACUUUCCAUCCUAGCUCUUAAAAACAAAUGUGCAGUCACUCUGCUUUCUGAGCCUGUGAACUGCUCUUCAGUUCACACUGAGCCUAGGCCCUAGGCCAGCUGCUCUCAAAGGGUAAACCUCAUAGUAGUCCAUAUAAUAAACUAUAUGGAAAACUUUUAAGACCUGUGGUCUCCACCCCUCCGCUCAAUCAAAUUUCAAUUUUAAGUGUCAGUUACUCUAGCCUGUCUCUUGACUGGCCAUUUGGUGUUAUUGUCCAAUGGCAUUUGUUGGCUGUAUGGUUGUUUUCUAUGUUGACUUCUACUGGCAUUAAAAGGUAUGCAUGUUGAAUGUAGUCUUAAACACACAAAUGUCCCAAUGUAGUUCUCUCCAGGUUUGCUACCAACAUAACUUCAUGGUCAGACGUUUUCUUUUAAUGAAUGUUCAAAUCUAUAAAUGAUAAACUGUUCUUAAGGCCUGAUCAGAGGUGGGGAUGGUGCUGAAAAUGUAGUUCUGUGGUAGAGCACUUGGCUAGCAUGUGCAGGUUCAAAUAAGGCAGAUCUGGUGGAACAGACCUGUAAUCCCAACUUUUUCAAGGCUGGGACUGGACGAUCACAAGUUUAGCCUUGCCUGAGCAACUUAGUAAGAUGCCAACUCCAAAGUGAAAAGGGGGUGGGAUAUAGCUCAGUAGUAGAGCACUUGUGCAGCAUACUCGAAGCCCUAGCUUCAACCCUUCGUUACCACCAUCACCCCAACUCUCAAAAAAAAAAAAAAAAAUAACUUGAAAUUCCCCAGAAAGGUUUAAUCUGGAGUCAAGGUCAAGUGUCAAAAUCCUCAGGUGUUUGAGAUGACCUCAUUUGAUCUUCUAGCACUCUUUACAGUUCUUUUCUUGACCUCCUUCCUUAUAUACUUAACCCUGUUGUGUUCCCUUCACAACAGCGUAUCAAUGAGCGUUCAGUCCUGAGGGUUUCUGAAAUGUGGGCAGCUCUUAUCAACAGCUAAAGACACUGGCAUUUGGGUGGAACGUGCAGAGGCAUUCCCCCUUCCCCCAUGAAUUUACGGCACUGAUUUAGUUCAAAUGUGAGCCCAACAUAGUGGCACAGGCCUUUAAUUUCAGCAAGCAGAGGCAAAAAGAUGUCUGAGUUCAAGGCCUGUUUGAUCUAGCUUCAGGCCAAAGCUUAAGUAGUGAGACUCCCAUUAAAAUAGCAAACAACCCCCAAGAAUGAAUGUGACAAAUGUGACUGAUACUUGCUGGUGAAAGGCACUGUCCCCCUUUUUCAGUUUGAGCGCAAUGAACUCCAUAGAGCCUUAGGAUCUGACAAAGACCUUCCCUUUGAGUAGACAGGUUACAUGACCAAACACAGUAGGCUGACACAAGCUUAGCCUUGGUGCUAAGCUCUGGAUCCCUCUCUGUCAUUCUUGGGUUAAACAUACUCUCUAGGUGAGGUAGGACAAGCCUUCUAGUUGGCUUAAGUUAGCUGCUCUUGCUCCAUUCUCUUGGGGUUCAGUGGGGACAGCUGUAUGGAUAUUGAGUAAUUUAUUGAAAUGCUGCCUUCCUCCACCUCAUUCUAUAGCCUCUGUGGCCCCUUCAUUUCUCUAGGCAGGGGAUUCUUCUCUCGUUUGACUUGUGGGCAGCUCCUCGGGGGCCCCAGCCCUGAAUUGCCAGUCUGCACACAGUAUAUGACAUUGGACUCUUGCUGCGGAAGUGAACACCUUGUGAACUGUCCUGGCCAGUAUCAGAAAGGGGGAACGGUAUUUAUUUUUAUAUUGUAUAUAUUUUGUCAUGGUCUGCUGAUUCCCUGCUGUUUCACUGAGAACGACAAUUACCUCAAUAGUUAGUUUGAUACUGUGUGUUGGAUAGUUUUUUGAAAGAACUUUUUAAAAAGCUUUUUUGAUCUUUGGAGAUCUGUAGAUUUAUUUCCAUAUGAACUGGUUAUUUUGUAUAAA